GUUGUACAUUACGUUUCGGACAGAAUAGAGCCAAAAAAAUAUUUAUGUUUAGAGAUCUGUAGGGGUUUUUAUCAAAAUUUUUUUAUUUAAAUUUUCUGUACAAUAAAACUGAAAAAGAACAGUAAAAAUUUGUAAAAUAAUUCGAAUUAGGAAAAAUAACGGAAUAACAAAUUGAGAUAUGGAUUUUGGACAGGGCAAUGGCGGUGGUCAGUACCAGUCAAUGGAAGGUUAUGGCAUGUCUUCCCCUGACGGCCAUUCACCAGAGAUGGGCCAAGAUUACAUGCAGUCUCGUGGCGGUUAUGGCAGCGGAAUGCAGUCCUAUGACGAUUCCAGAAACUGCCAGAGUGGCUCGGCUUCCUUUGGCGGUCCCGGCUACCGCAGCCCACUUCGUUAUACGAAAGUCUUGAGAGAAAUGAAUUCACGCAAUGGCCUCUACUCACCCACGGAGCAGCGCUCGGGUCGUGGCAAUGGCGACUACUACAACUCGCUGCCAGGCGUUGGCGGUGCCGAGGGUCAAAUGUAUGGUCAGGCCCGUCAAGGUGGAAAUCCCUAUUACUCCUAGUCCUCGUUUGGAUUUGACUCUUGUUAUCUUUGACUUAUAGUAAAAAUAAAGUGCUCGGAUGUCAGGAUUAAAGUUA